UUACUCACGCAGCCAGGUCCAUAAUAAGACAAGAAACACACCUUGACGGGGCCUCCAUGUUGUAAGAAGAAGUCUCUCGAUUGCUGCCACUCUAAUCUGACGCGGAUUUUGGAAAUUCGACUGUGAUCUCUGCUCUUCAACCUACAACCAUGGCUCGCCUUGCACUGUCUCUACUAGUAAUCACCUUGGUCGCGUUCAGCAGCGUCGAGGCCAACAAGUCGACGAAAAAAGUGAGCGGCAAAGACAUGAUGCGCAAAAGCAUUGUCUUCGACAAAGCUACGCCGGGCGUGUUCUACUGUCCUCAGCAGAAGCCGACCGGAAUCGAUAAAAUGAUCGUGUCCGCCCGACCGCUGGACAAGCUGUGCGAGUUUGGCGGCGGAAGCAAGCCGGCCGACUACAAGAGCGACUGCUACAACGACGUCGACGAGACCGAAUUCGCGUGCAAGGAAAAGAAGAGGAUCAUGAAACGACUGGACAAGAGUGCAGAAGAGCCGGAUUAUGAUGCGCCUCAAUCCUCCAGGCAGUGAGAACGACAUCAGAAAAAAGUGAAUUUUGCCCCACAAAAACUUUCUCCUUGCCUCUCUACUUCUGCUCUUGCCUCUCCCGACCGCGUUGCUGGCCAAAAAGCGCGUUUUCUGCAUGACACACACGCUCCUCUAUUAUUUCCUUAAUGUCGCAGAGUCCCAACGAGACGAAUAAAAAAAGGAACUUCGUUGGACCUCGUGUAUAGGGCUUUUAUAUUUAGGACAAACUGUAAAUAAUUGCUGCUUUUUGCGUAAAUUAUUACCUUUGUCCGCCUUAUACAAAUUCAUUGCUGACAGACGACAAACCUGUAGCAAAAAAGCAAAUAUACUAAUUUAUUUAAAAGAUUUUUGUGAUCUGCUAGAAGCUAAUAUAAUGACGAAAUAAAUUUUAUUGCUUGUGUUAACUCAA